CUUUAGGCGCAGAAAAACCGAUUCAGAGGACCAGUGAUUGGCGUCAAAAUUGCCGAACAAAACAGAAGAUGUUUUUCCAAAGAAAUCCUAAAUAAUAGCCAAUCGGUAAUUGGGUUACAAUACGGCACUAAUAUUGGCGCAAAUCAAUCAGGUAUGACACCCUAUGGCGCCCCCCGACAGAUCAUACCCGACUACCGAUGAUUACAACCAUUCUUCCUGUCAUACAAUUCAUUAUUAAAGUACUGAAUAUUAUUUCCGUUCUCUUCCGCAAUACAUCUCAC